AUGGAUCCCAGGUCCUUGACUACUCUUCCAGAAAUCCUAUCAGCUCUUUCCGCAUUUCAGUCCGAAGAGGCAGAGCUCUCCAAUGCUUUGUCCGACUUGCUCGACGCCAGAGACCCCAUCGUUGCUUCCUUGAACCGUUUACGUUCGCUGCUCCCUCAGCUCGACGAAUGUCGGCUAGAAGCCUCCUUUUUAUCACAAAAAGUUUCCAACACAGCGAAAACUGCUGAAAGAGUGGGUAGUCGCGUACGGUGUCUUGAUGAGGAAAUGGGACGCGUCCGAGAGGCAGCAGACCGUGUUGGACAGGUCAUGGAUCUCAAGUCGUCUCUCGCGUCGCUACAGGCGUCUAUCGACAGUCGAGAUUGGGAGUCAGCUGCAAGACACUGCGCUAGAGCCAUGUCGCUGCCCCUUGAGGUCAUCUCUGGUCCUUUCGCGGAAACAGCUGUUCCCACUUCAGAGAGCCAUUUACCUCCAGUGCAAACGUUGCAAGCUGCAAGGGAAAAGCUUCUGGUCAUCUUCCGACAAAACUUUGAGCAAGCAUCACGGUCUCGAGAUUCUACAGCGACCAGUCGCUUCUUCAAGUUAUUUCCAGCCAUUGGCUGGGAGACGGAGGGUCUCGAUGCGUACGCUGCAUUUGUCGUUGACCUCGUUCGUGUCCGAGCCCCCGCGUCAGCAAAGACCUCAUCGCCCCUCUACUACAUUACAGCUUUGACAGCGUUAUUUGAAAGCAUUGCUAUGAUUGUGGAUCAACAUCAACCGGUUGUAGAAAAGUAUUAUGGUUCAGGGAAGAUGGAGAUUGUGGUGCAACGUCUGCUGGAAGAGUGUGAUAGAGUGACGAAGAGCUUGAGAGAUGGGUGGGAGGAGGAUAGGUCUAUGAAACGAAAGCUGGCUGAAGUGAUCAAUAACCCCCCCAUACCCAUGUUCUCUUCAGGUAUCCGAAGGCAGCAAACUAUGGUGGCUGAUGAGGCAGUGAUCGAUCCAAGAGACAUCGACAAAGUCUUGUCCGAGAUAGCAGGGAUGAUGAGUCGCUGGAAUCUGUUUAAGAAAUUCUUGUCCGAGGCUCUCAAGAAGGAAUCUACAGAAGAACCGGAAAACUUGACUUCCCAGCAUCUUUCUGAAACUCGUUUGGUUGAUGACACGUCCUCAAAUGGUGUCUUCGAAGACCUUGUUACCGCAUAUUACAUCCCUCUUGAAAUUUGGUACACUCGGACAAUCAUCGACAAGGCGCAUCGACUAUCCUCUACAGAUUUAUCACAGUCGCCAAUCACCACCACUACGCCUGACGACGUCUUUUAUAUUUUGAAAUCCGUGACCUCACGCCUUCUCACCACUGGCUCUCUCACCAGCGUGGAACGCACGCUCGAACAGCUGAGGGAUACCAUCGAUCAAGAUUAUAUUGGCGUCAUUAAAAAGAGGCUUGAUGAGAUUUAUCGAAAUCCUGGAUCAGGUAAUUCCAACGUUCGUCCAGAUAGGGUGGAAAGGGAAAAUCGCAUCGCGUUCAUAACGCUUUUGAACGAUCUUGACUUGUCAGCGUCCCAUCUAGAACGCCUGAUCCGAGAUCUCAGUGAAAGCUCUUCAAUCCCGCAGCAUUUUAGAGAUAAAGAACAGACACUUGUAAAAGGUCAUAUUUCUUCAUUCUCGACUCUUGUGUCUCGCUUUCGGUCCACUCUUAGAGUUGGAGUUGAGCAACUCUUCAACCAACUCAUUCGGCCAAAGCUGCGAAACCUUGUCCCUGAUAUCUACAAAGAUAUUUCGUAUGUUUUGGACGACGAUGGGUAUUCCACAGCAGACUAUCAGGAUCUAACACGCAAACGCUUUGUCAAAGUAUGGGAGAGUUUGGUUGAUGGUUACAAGGAUACGUUUUCUGAUGGUAAUUAUCGCAUGUUCUUUGGCCUGGCUUUAGAGGUCCUUCUUCGACCAUGGGAAAAAUUUGUGUUGGGUCUGAGGUUCACGGAGCUUGGGGCAAUCCGUUUCGACCGAGACCUGCGAGGAAUCACGACUUAUCUUGCCUCUCAAAUUGCUUUUGGUGACGUUAGGGAAAAGUUUUUGCGCUUGCAGCAAAUAUCUACUCUACUCAAUUUGGAUAGUGAGGAGGAUGUGGACGAGUUUUAUAAUGGUUCUGGCAUAUCAUGGAAACUGAGCACACAAGAAGCAAAGACGAUUGCGAGUCUAAAAUUGUAA